AAGAGACGUACACUGAGUAGUCAUACUCACGUGUCAUGUAAACAAUAAAUAUACCUACAACUAGUUUUGGGGAAGAAUGUCAUAAGGAUAACCUUGAUUAUUAAUACGAGUAAAGUAAUUUGUUGUAAUCAAGGCUGGGAAGGAGGAAAACCGUAUUACAAACUUAGUCGACUGUGGCUUUUUAGGUUGUUUGUUAUCAGUAUGAAAUCUUUUUGAAAUAUAGUUUACGUUCGUAAGUUGUGGUUAUUGCAGAAAGUGCAUUUUAGGUUCAACAAUAUCAAUACACAUUAUACAGGUAUGUCAGCGUUGCCAAGUACCUUUGUUGAAGAGUUCCACAGUGAAAGUGAUGUAAAAAAUAUAAAAUACUCAAAUCUUGAGAAUACAGACUUAAAAUUGUCAAAUCUUGGUGUUGGUGGUGGAACAUUUUCUGAGUUUUAUGGAUCAAUAGAUGAGACAGAAGCAAUUUCUCUAAUAAGGAAAGCAUUAAAAAGUGGAGUCAACUACAUAGAUACAUCUCCUUACUAUGGACAUACAUAUUCUGAGUCGUUAAUAGGCAAGGCCCUUGUUGAUGUUCCACGUCAGGCCUACCAUAUAUCGACUAAGGUUGGCCGCUACGGAACAUCUUGGGCAGACUUUUUUGACCAUUCUGCUGAACGAAUUGUGAAGGAGUUUGACAAGAGUUUAGAGCGAUUAGGCCUGGAUUAUGUGGACAUCCUCUUUGUUCAUGAUGUAGAGUUCAGCCCUCUUCAGCAAAUCCUGACAGAAGCCUUGCCUGCUGUGCAGAGCAUUGUGGACAAGAAGAAAGCUCGUUAUGUUGGCAUUUCUGGAUAUCCUGUAUCUCUAUUAUGGGAAGUGGUGGAAAAGUCUCCUGUGAAAAUCGAUGUCGUCCUUACAUAUUCCAGAGAUUGUCUAUUUGACACCACCACAAAGAAAUACAUGUCUUUUUUCCAGAGUCGCCAUGUUGGGCUGAUCAACGCUGGAGUAACAGGUCUAGGUCUUCUGACCAAUGAAGGACCUCCGCACUGGCAUCCAGCCUCGGCAGAUUUGAAGGAUCUGUGUCGUAAUGCUAGUCUCUACUGUCAGGAACAAGGUGUGGAGCUGGGUAAGCUAGCUGUUCACCACGCCAUGCAGCAGCCAGGCCACUGUUCUCAUCUGGUAGGGAUGAAGACACUGGCAGAGCUACAGUGUAACCUAGAAGUGGCUACAACUGGCCUCACAGAAGCAGAGUCCAAGAUCCUGAAUAAUGUUAAGGAGAAGUUUUUCAACUUACCUCAAGACUUACACUGGGAAGGUGUGGAGAUUAAUGCCUAUCGUAAAUAUAAAGAGGAACAUGGACUGAAGUAAUUUUAUCACAAAUUCACAUGCAAGCUUAACUAUUGCCAUGGAUACUUUUACCUAAAUAUAAAACCAACUUUUUGGUUUUGCUAAGAGCAGUUUUAAUUAUUUUUUAGGGAUCUAAAUGAAACUUCUGGUCCGUAAUCAUUCCAUUUUAUAAAACUUCAUUCUUCAUGUGGAAUAAAUUAUAAUUAUUCCAUUAUUUACUCAAAAUCUUCACCUCUAAGUCCGCCUCUAAUAAAGGCAAUUUUUAUUUCAAUCUCAUAAACAAAACAAAAAAUUUAUUUUGUUUUUUCUUGUUACAUUCCUGGUUUAAAACUCUAUUCUUUCUUUAUUUUUUUUUCAAAUUAUAAAAAAAAUUAUAAUACCUCUGCCUCUCACUCUCAAGUAGUGGAAUAUGAUAAAUAUUUACCAAAUAAGAAUUAUCCAUAGGAGAUAAUACUAUUUUAGAAUUUCGAAACUUGAUAUUGCAGAAUUGGAGAAAAAUUACCCAAAUAUUUGAAAUUUCUACAGAGGUGAUAACUUUUAUGUACCCACACCAAUUGUUUACAUUUUUUUUUUCAAAGAUUUUAAAUUGAUUGUGUUAAGAAAUAGUGCCUUGUAGAUUUAUCAUCAAUAUCAUUGUGCAGAUAGGUAAAGUGAGUUAAAACUUGUGUAGAUGAUUCUUAUCAUUGUUUAUCUUCUGGGUAUGGUGCUAGACAAAGAAUAGUAUAUUUUAUAUAGAGUAAAACACUAUAUUUUUAUAAUUAUACUUUUAUACUUAAUUAUUACUAUAUUCUUAUGGAUUUAGUAUGGCUUAGUAAUAAUAAUAUAUAAUAACGUAAUAUAAUGUCAAUUCAAUAAUGAUAUUAUGAAUAACAAAUACUUUUGGUAUCUUUUACCACUAACAUAGUGUAUAAUAAAUAGUUAUGGUAGGUUUAUUGUAUUAUAAACUUGCACAAUGGAACAAGUGUCUUAAAAAAGACUGAACAUUCAUUUUAACUCUUAUUUUUACAUAAUAAGUACCUUAAUGUUAUAAACAAUGUUAAAUUCUUAUACUGAAUAUUGAAUGUACUGUACCAAUAUUAUGUAACAAAUAAUAAGAUAAAUGUAGUUUAUGCAAUAAGAAAGUAAUUUACAUGGAUGAAACAAUCAUUCACUUUUGCCAGAUGCACUGUGGCCAGUGAUGGCUAAACCCUUAAUACUAAAAAUCAAGUAAUCAAAAGCUAAAGUAAGAUAAUGUGGAAUUAUGUGUUGAAGUGUUAGGAAAACGGGAGACUGAGUUUGACAGUGGUAAGACAAGUACAGAUACUUCAAAUCGCUUACAUUCCUGAAAUGAAAGAGGUAAAGUGAGUGCUGUAUUGUGGGGGUGGGAGGAGGUGAUCUCUAUCCUGUAACAUCAAAUGGCCACUAUUCAGUAAGAUCACAGCAUGUGGAGCCAUGGUCCACAGAUAUAGUGAGUCAAUUGUUGUAUUAAACUACACUUUUUAACACUGCCUCUUCUACUUUAAGAAUUCUAGCUUAGAAAUAAUAUACUUUAAAACAUUUCCUUAAUUUAUAUUUAUCUCACAGACUAUACACGAACACGUGCUAUGUCAUCUUACCCUUUCUAGAACUCUCUAGAGCAACCUAAUCUUCUGAUCGUGUUCUUAUCAUGUUCAUAAAAUAUCUUCAGUUGUGAACCAUAAAGUUUUCAGACUUUAUUUCCAAGUAAAUUAACUUCAUGUGCAUAAUCCGCACAAGGCAUUACAGAAUUAUUGGAAUUUUCUCACCUUCCAUAGCUAAUUCCAGACAUAUCAUCUUGGCCACCAAUCAUAAUGAUGGGUUAUAUCAAUCACCAAUGAGAGUCAUUGGUUCUGGUGGCAAAGCAUUGACCAAGGGAGUCUAGCAGAGGAUAUUGGAUGAUUUAAAAUUAAUCAUGGGGAAUUUUUCAGAGUGAGGAUCAUGUGCAACUGUCAAGUGGUAAAGUAUGAUACAGUUUGGGGGUGCAAUAUUUGGAUAUUAAUAAUCUUCAAAUAACGUGAGCUGAAGUAGAAAUAUUUUAGGAAUAAGUAAUUACUGAUAAUUUUAUUAUCUCUUGUUGCUAAUUAUGUAAUUCAGUUUAUUUUCUUUGAUAUUAUAGUAAAAAUCUUGGUAUAUGAUACAUAUUAUAUUAUUAAAAUGAUAGCAGCAGAUUGAUAAUUUAUAUUGGUUUAACCUAUUCCAGGCUACUCGUCCAUCCGGUUAGUGGACCAAAGUGGAAAGACGUAGUUACGCAACCUCUGUUGACGGUUUAGCAACUACUGUUUAUUUCGUGCUUUUUCCACUAGUAUGCGCUCGGAUGCUCUCAGUUACAUUUGCUACAAUAUAUACUGUAUUGUUUUUGCAGUAGUAGCCUACAAAUCAGCUGUUACUAAUAUGAUCUUCACUUUCACUUCCAGUUUUGUUUGUAAUAAAUAAUGGUCGGCCGCGUUUGUUGUUUACAAUGGGCGAUAACCUGUGUUCUUUAGAACACUUAACUGAUUUUCAUCAGAAAGUUGCAGUGACGGAGAAUAUGGUGACAAAGAUGAUUUGUUUGAUGAUGAAUUAGUUCGUGUUUGUUAUUAUUAGUGUAUAAUCCCGAGCUGUGCAAAGCAUUUAAUGAACAAACUGAAUCUUCAGACCAGGUUGACGUCCAGUCUGAUUCUGAUCCAGAUAUGAUGUCACUGUGUAAAAAUAAAUUUGAAGUUGUAAUUUGAUAACUUGAAUAAGUGUUUCUAUUUCAUUUGCCUUUGGAUAAUUUUACUUUAGAAUGUCAACAUCAACAAACGUAAAUAAAAUGUUUUAGUAACCUAUUCAUUAGUUUAGGUUUAUUUUAUUAUUUUAGUUCAGUAAUUAACUAAAUAAAUAAAUGCAUAUAGUAUUACAUAAAAAUAUAGAAUGUUUUAAAAUAGUGCAGUUAAAAUUACCGCAAGUAAACUGUGAAUGCGCCGUGGUGGAGCAGCUUGAUGCCUACCGCUGUAAACAACUCCGCCAACUGGGUGUCAUGCGCUAAGGUUUUACGUCGCCUGCAAUGGGUUAAUGCAAUAGUGUAUAAUAUUGCUAAUUUUUUAUUUAUUUGUAAUGCCUAUAUAUUUAUUCCAUGCUUUUGUUUCUUUAAGGAAAUUCUCAAAUUAAACACUAAAUUAUAAUACGUGUUAAUUAAAAUAAUGAUAUUUUGUACUAGUCUAAAUGUUACGAUAAGUUUAUUGUUGUUAUUAAUUCAUUGUUAGAGAAAAAAAAUUAGAAUUUCUUAAAUCUGUACACAUAAGAUUAUACAUUUUCUUAUUAUCAACCUUCUUUCUUAAAGAAAUAAGGUUGAAUCAACAAUUGUUGAUCAAUUAUUGUUUUUAUUAAUCAUGAUCUGUAAUUUGGCUAUGUAAUAGAAGGAACACUAUAAGUUUGUAAUCAGAUUGAUUCAAAAUCAAUUUCAAUAUCAUCAUUGCAAUCCAAAUUUUUGAAUUAUGCUAAAUUAUUUAUUAGAAGAUAGUAUUUACAAUGCUUUUCCAUUUAUUGUUUAUGACAAGUAGCUCAUUUCAUAUUUUAAAGCCGCUGUUUUGUUAUUUUCUAAAUUUAGUAAAUUCAUUAAAAAUUACUCAAGCAAAUCAUUACAAUAUGUCAUAGUAAUUGCAAAGUAUCCACUGUUCCAUUGUGCAUCAUUUCAGUGUAUUAUUUAGAAAUAAGAUUGUUAUUGUUAUACAUUAUUUUUGUCUUAAAACUAACAAACAUUUAUAAUUUGUUAUGUGAUAUUUUGUUUACAAAAGAAUAAAAAUAUUGUUUUAAAUGUG